CGUCCACUUUCUUCAUCUCCCAAGGCAACCAACCGAGACACACGGUGACGGUGGUGAACAACUGGUGAUCGGCCAUUAGCAGCUAGCCACAGGUGUUCGAGCUUGUGUCUGUGUGGUGCGAGGCGAGGAUGGCGAGCUGCCGGAGGAGCGCGGCCAUCGCUGCCGCCUUGGUGCUGCUGGCGUUCGGGUGCGGCAUGGCCGAGAGCCGGCGCGUGGCCAGGAUGGGCCUCGGCAUUGACCUGGGCGGCGGGGAGGGCGCCGGGCUCGGCCUCGGCCUUGGUCUCGGGGUUGGAGCGGGCACGAGAGGGGUGUCCGCGUCCGGAUCAGGCUCCGGCUCCGGCUCCGUGGCUGGAGCGGGCUCGACCUCUGAGUCGAGAUCCGGCUCGGUUUCUGUUGGAGGUGCCAGCUCGUUUGCCGGGUCAAGCGCUGGGUCCAACGCCGGAUCGGCCGGGUCAGGGGCGGGGUCUUCCGCCGGUUCGGGGGCGGGUUACGGUGGCGGGCAGGGCUAUGGCGGUGGAUGUGGCGGUGGUUCUGGUUCCGGGUCUGGGUAUGGCGAGGGCGGAGGGUAUGGUCGGGGAUCGGGGAAUGGAUCGGGCUUCGGGUUUGGGGAGGGCCGUGGUUUUGGGUCUGGUUCAGCUGGAAACCCUUGAUACGUUGCCAUAUCUUGUUACUGUUGUCUCAAAAAAAGUAUCUUGUUACUGUAUGACAUUAUUACUCGAGUGCUCUGUGGGAGAUGAAAUAAAAAGAGGAAAACUGUUUGAGUCUAGAGAGUAAUUUCCUUGAGUCUAUUGGAACUUUGCUGCCUCUUUUGACUCAUUAGUUGAUCUGAUAUGUGUUAU